AGAAGACAGUCCAUUAUGACAUUAUAUGAAGAUGCGUGUCACAAGUUUUAAUGAAAUUAUUUCGACUGGCCAGUUAGGUUUGUUGGAAUAUCCAUAUUCGUAUUAAGGAUAAAAUACAUUUGAAGUUCGGAUUUGAGGUGCCCUAGUAUAAUCAUAUCAUAUAUCUGCCCUGUUCAGGCAACGCAGUAAUCUACGAAACAUGAAUGAAACCGGAAUCGGCAAUGAUACUUUUAACAAUUUAACGGAUACACUAUUCGAUUACCAUUUUCCCUUUAACGAGUCAACGACUACUGACACUAACUCAACGGCUAGAUUUUUUAACUACGCAACAGCGGCUUACAACAUAUUGCUAUUAUCAAUAGGCAGCAUUGGUAAUAUAUUGGUGUUGAUUGUUUACGGGCUGCGUUUUAAAAAAUCCACGUUCAAUACAUUCAUUGUUUUCUUGGCGGCCAUGGAUCUGAUCUGUUGCGCUAUAGAAAUGCCCUUAGAUGCAGCCAACAUGAUCCAUCAAGAAAUCAUUCACGGAUGUAAGGCAAUAGUUACCAUAGCAACCACGACAGCGACUGCUACCGGAUUAACCCUGGUCGCUAUAGCAGCAUUACGUUACAGGGGUAUAUGUCAUCCGUUAAAACCUAACAUUUCUAUAUGUCAGUCUCGUAUUAUUGUGAGCGUGUCAUUUGCUAUUGCCAUUUUUUGCUGUUGGCCAACUGGCGUUCUAGUAACAGACCAAAUUGAUCACAUUGAGGGAGGCCUUGGUGUCAUAAAUUGUGCACCGGAAGACAGAUUUGUAGACACAAUUUAUCCAGUGAUUAAUAGUGGUAUUUUGUUCAUAAUUUUCCUAUCGGCAUUUUCUGCUAUUGUUAUUCUCUACUUGAUGGUAGCAAGGAAAUUGUGGUUGCGCAAGAAAUAUGGAAUAUCGUCGAAUUCGAAUCAUAAAACAUCCAAUCAAAGCAGUGAUUCGUCUACUAGAGCCCUGUUCAGUAAAUCUGACAAUUCGGGUGGUUUGCAAAAAGGUGUCGUGAGUACUCAAAUUGCAAACAGUCAACAGAAAGUACAGAGUGGAGAUUCCAGAAAUACGAAGCUAAAAAAUCAAAGCAUGUUCAGAAUGUUGUUUGUAGUAACGGUGAUGUUUAUGGUUAGCUAUGUUCCUCAUUUUUCUCUGAUGAUAUACGAAGGUGCGGCAGGAAAACUGCAGUUGACCUCAGUGACUGAGAGUGUUGUGGGAAUCGUUAUCAGAUCUUACCUUAUCAACAGUGCUUGCAAUCCGAUUAUUUACGGUUGCUGUAGCAACAAAUUCCGAGAAGAGUUAAAAGUAAUGUUUUUCUGACUAAAGUAACUAAAGUUACUUCAACACUUUGUGGACCCAGUAUUGACAGAUAUCGAAGAAUUUCUAUUUUGAUAAAGUAACUAUUAUUUUGUAAAUAUUGUAUUUACGUGUCUUUACAAGAAUUUUGAGGUUUGAGAGUAUUAUUGAUGAAGCAAUACAUGACAUCUACCUACAAUAUACUAAAUUCCAUUAACUUUAAACCAACAAAAAAUCACAAUUCUGUAAAACAAAAUUAACGAAGUCUCGUACAAAAUUAUAUGAUAUUAUAUUGAUGUUCUGCAUUAAUUGUAUGUAUAUAUUAUUGUUAAAUUUUAAUUGAGUUUGCGUUUUAGACUGCUUUGCUAAAUGCUAAGAAAACAGAGAAAAACCAGACACUAAUAUGUUUAUUUAUAACCAAUAUCCCAUGAAGUGAACUCUAUCCUGGAACAUAUAUUUUGGUCUGUAUCUUUCGCGUAUAUCAUGCUUCUCGACGGCCACGUUAACUGUCAAUGUUUUUUCCACAACGCCAAGGGGGGCAUUAGAUAUUUGUUGGCGCCAAUGUGAUACUGAAAUAUGUCUUUUUAUGGAGAAUAAAUUACAGACUUCUUCUUUA